GCAAUGUUAUGUCGCUGAAUGACUGCUGGCUGUGGAUAAACUAUUUCACGAUUGGUCCAGGGUAUAGCUCAAGAAGAAGCAACGCUUCCGAGAGCUCGUCCCGUUUCCGACGUCCAUUGCCCGAUCUCGGUGACAAAUCACCGCAUUGUCCCGCCCGGCUUCGCAAGCUGCAAGUUAGCUACCCCAUCAAUGCCAGCGGGUCUGCUUAAAACGACGCAACAUCCCACUCUUGCGCUGCAUUACUUCUACUCUAUUCUCAAACUUGCCUCGAUAAAACUCCGCCUAGGGACCAAACUUUUACCUCUCACAGAUCGAGAGAAAUAUUUGUGUGACCUCUCCAGUUUAAUAUUCGAAUUCCGUUACCAUGGCCGGAACCCCGCUAGAUAUCCCCCACGUCAAGCUCAAUGACGGCAACGAGAUCCCCGUGCUUGCAUACGGUCUCGGAACUGCCCGAUACAAGGACGACGCUUCUGCUCCCCUCGAUAACGAGAUCAUCGAGCUCACCAAGAAGGCAAUUGAGCUUGGAUACCGUCACUUGGACGGCGCAGAAGUCUACGGUAACGAGGAAGAGCUUGGAGCCGCCAUCAAGGCUGCUGGAGUCCCUCGGGACCAGCUCUUUGUCACCACCAAGAUCAGCGCCACCCAAAAGAAGAACACGCUGGAAGCUUUCAACCUCUCCCUCAAGAAGCUCGAUCUUGAAUAUGUGGAUCUCUACUUGAUCCACGGCGGCUGGUUUGCCGACACCGACGAGGAGCUCCAAGCCAAGUGGGCUGACCUGGAGGCCAUCAAGGAGUCUGGCCGCGCCAAGUCCAUCGGCGUCUCCAACUUCCUCCAGGGGCAGCUCGAGACUGUCCUCAAGACUGCCAAGAUCCCCCCUGCCAUUAACCAGAUCGAGUAUCACCCCUAUCUCCAGCACGGUGACCUUGUCGCCUUUCACAAGAAGCACAACAUCGCUGUCUCGUCCUACGGUCCCCUAACCCCGAUUGUGACCGCCAAGGGCUCCGGACCCGUUGAUGCCUACUGGAAGAAGUUGGCAGAGAAGUAUGGAGUUACGGAUUCUGAUGUCGGUCUGCGAUGGAUCAUUGACCAGGGCGUUGUGGCUCUUACAACGAGCUCCAAGUCGUCGAGACUCGAAGGAUAUCUUGCCAACUUGCCCAAGUUCAAGCUGACUGAGGAGGAGAUUGCUGAGAUCUCCAAGUUGGGUGACCAGCAUCACUUCCGUGGGUUCUGGAAGGACAAGUUUGCCGAGGAUGACAGGAGCUAAAUGUCUGGCCAAACUCGAUGUAAUGCAUUAUGACAAGCACCUGAGUCGGGGGCUGUGAUACUAGGAUUCACCGCAAAAUAUAUUGAUAUACAACA